CUCCGCCCCCGGACCCGCCCCGCGGCGCAUUGUGGGAUCUGUCAGCCCCACUGGAGCGGGACGCGGCGCUAGGUCAUGGGGAUCCAGCCGAACCCGGUCCUGCUAGCCUCUCUGGGGGUGGGGCUGCUUACUCUGUUUGGACUGGCUGUGGGUGCCUAUCUGGUUCGAAGAUCCCGCCGGCCGCAGGUCACUCUCCAGAACCCGGAUGAGAAGUACUUGCUGCGAUUGCUAGACAAGACGACUGUGGGCCACAACACCAGGAGGUUCCGCUUUGCCCUGCCUACCGCCCACCACAUUCUGGGACUGCCUGUGGGCAAGCAUGUCUACCUCUCGGCCCGAAUUGAUGGCAGCCUGGUCAUCAGGCCUUACACUCCUGUCACCAGUGAUGAAGACCAAGGCUAUGUGGAUCUUGUCAUCAAGGUUUAUCUGAAAGGUGUGCACCCCAAAUUUCCUGAAGGAGGGAAGAUGUCUCAGUACCUGGAUAGCCUGAAGAUUGGGGAUGUGGUGGAGUUCCGGGGGCCAAGUGGGUUGCUCAGUUAUGCUGGAAAAGGGAAUUUUCACAUGCAGCCCAACAAAAAAUCUCCACCUGAACUGCGAGUGGCCAAGAAAUUAGGAAUGAUUGCUGGAGGGACAGGAAUUACCCCAAUGCUGCAGCUGAUCCGGGCCAUCUUGAAAGUCCCUGAAGAUCCAACCCAGUGCUUUCUGCUUUUUGCCAACCAGACUGAAAAGGACAUAAUCCUGCGGGAAGACCUAGAGGAACUGCAGGCCCAGUAUCCUAACCGCUUUAAGCUCUGGUUCACUCUGGACCAUCCUCCUGAAGGUUGGCCCUACAGCAAGGGCUUUGUGACGGCUGACAUGAUCCAGGAGCACCUGCCCGCUCCCGCGGACGACGUACUGCUGCUGCUCUGUGGGCCACCGCCAAUGGUACAGCUGGCCUGCCUCCCGAACUUGGAUAAGCUAGGCUAUUCCCAAAAGAUGCGAUUCACCUACUGAGCAUAUUGAAGCCUCCCUGACCCCAUGUGUGCAGUGGUCCCUAGUCAGUUCUUGACCGCCAUGAGACCUAGUGCCUUUGCUAAGAGCAUCAGCCUUCCGCGUCUCAUCCUGGAACCUGGAUGCUUGCAGAAACGACACUCCUCUAGCUACGGUAGAGGCAGGUCAGGCUGAGUCACUUCCAGGAAGCCUCCCUUACCCUAAUCUCCAUGUGAUAAACGGUCCAGACGAAGCUCACAAGGAGCAGUCUCUUCUGUAGGGCCAGGAAGAAGGGAGCGUGCACAUUUGUCGUAAGGCUGGCUAGUUCCUGAGAGCAUCAUGGCUCACCUUCUUAGUGUCUGUGAUGAAAGGAACGGGAAAUGGACAUUUGCUCAAUAUUCAGCACUUCACCUACUAUUUAUGCGAGUCCAGGUUGAGUGGGUUUAUAGGCAUAGUCCUACGGAAACUGAAGGAAUGGAACCACUUCCCAAAAUUCUAACCCUCAGAAAAAGGGGUCUGAUUAUAUAUUUGCAUGUGUAUCUCUCAGUCCCUGCCUGGGCUAGAACGAAAUGGUUACCCACAACUUAAGAUUGCUGCUUGUACAAGGAAUCUCUGGCUGUUCAAAUAAAUGGAGCUGAGGCCCUGAUCUCAAGGA